AGUGGACUCUGUGCGCCUGCGCACUCGGCGCUGUGAAUCGGUGAAUGUAAUUCAUCGAAUGAGAGAGCGCGGCGCUCAGAGUGAUGGGACCGGAGUGAGAGAGCUGCAGCAACGAUCACUCUCCAGGCAACAGUCUGGUUAUGACAGAUGUGAAGGAUGCGUUCCUGCUCAGAGAUCUGUGCGUCAGAGAAGGUUGAGCACGCGCAGAGUGCUGCUGAGGGUAACUAUCGGCGCUAUGGAGUUCGAUCAUACUUACACCAGUUUUAUGAAGACUGCACUGCCUCAAUCUGGGAACAUGAUGAAGAUUUUCAGAUUCAGAGAUCACCAAGCAGGUGGAGCUCUGUUCUCUGGAAGGUUGGACUCAUGUCAGGAACCAUCAUUCUCUUAACGGGCCUGAUAGUCAUCACAGUUGGCUAUGUCGUACCACCAAAGAUUGAAGCCUUUGGGGAAGAUGAAUUACUUUUCGUCGACAGUCAUGCAAUCCAGUUUAACAAAGCUCUAGACAUCUGCAAGCUUGCCGGGGCCAUUCUGUUCUGCGUUGGAGGAACCCUGAUGGCAGUCUGCCUUCUGAUGUCUGCCUUUGCUAAAAGUUACUCUAAAGAGGAGACUUAUCUGCAGCAAAAGUUUAAGGAGAGAAUAGCGGAACUACAAGCAUCGGCGCACCCAAUUACCAAGGCCCCCACACCCGGAGAGAGCCGAAUCCCCGUCACCCUCUCCAAGGUGCAAAAUGUCCAACCUCCUCCUGAGACCUGAUGUUAAAUGUUGAUGUCAGUGGCAAAUUGUUUUUCCAAAGGUCAGCCCCUAUGAUUGGGUAGAAAGGAAAGUGGCAGAAGGAAAAUUAAUAAAUGAUAAUUUAUUCAUGUGCA